ACGAAAAACACCGCAAGUUUUGAAUCGAAGAUUUGUGAUAAGAGAGAGAGGAUGGUGGAGAGAACGAUGAGUCUAGGUGUGGGAGUCAACAAAGAAACCUUGCGGGCGCAGCAGGAGCUUCUUCAGAAGAUCACUCAUGAGCUGGACGCUGAACGGGAAGCCUCUUCAACAGCAGCUUCAGAGGCCUUGUCGAUGAUACUACGCCUCCAGGGAGAGAAAGCAGCGUUGGAGAUGGAGGCUAGUCAGUACAAGAGAAUGUCCGAGGAGAAGAUGUGCCACGCUGAGACUUCUCUGACGCUCUUCGAAGAUCUGAUUUACCGCAAGGAAAUGGAGAUGGCGUCUCUUGAGUUUCAGGUUCAGGCUUACAGAUGCAAACUACUCAGCCUCGGCUGCGCUGAUGUACAGGCCAAGGAGAAGAAAGGUGUUGAGAGUAGUUCUUUAUCUCCUCGUCAAGACUUGAGCGCGUGUUGGGAAGAGAUCAGGAGAAUAGACGAUCAUGUUAGAGAGGUUUCGGAGUCGAGAGACGUUGCCAAGGGAUCUAAAUGGUCGUUGCUUAGGUGUGAGUCUAUUUCACAUGCAUUGGUUUCACAGGUGAGUAAUACUGUCUUCGAGUCAGCCAAGAGUGAUGUCAGUUCGAUUAUGGAGAUGAUCAAGAACCCUGAAAGGUUCUCUGCUUCAGACGAGGUUCCGAGGACCAAAGAGAGCCUUACAAUCAUCUCGGAAGAAAGAAAUGUUGGAGGCAAGAUGGUUAGUAGUGAUUACAAGAGAAAAGUCAGUAAGCCGCCAAAAGAUACGAGCAUUGAGGCUGAGCAUAUGAGUUUGCUAAAGGAGAUUAGAGAGCAGAUUAGUGAAAUGCAGUCAGAGAUGAGAAGUUUAAGAUCUGAACUGCAUAAAACUCGACUUGUGUCCCAUCGCGAGGAGGAUCGAGCCAUUAACUCAAUCCAAGAGGUAAUAAUCACUGUUCUUUCUACUUGAUAAGAGAUUCUUGAAGUGAUAUUCAAAACUUGUACACAUUUUGUUUUGUUUCCUGAAUAGGUCAUGAUUCACUUCUGGCUUUAGAAGCUACAUUGCAGCGUUGUUCUAGUUUCACAUUCUAAGAUAUUUAACCUUCCAAGAGUAAAUCUCUAGUAUUUGUAUGAAACUACAUUAAUAUUGUGAGAGAAAAAAAAUCUAACAUCUCUGCC